AUGUUUUUUCCAGUGUCAUCCUGCAUCACCACCUAUAAGAAGACACCGCCUCCAGUCCCACCAAGAACUACCACCAAACCCUUCAUUUCCAUCACAGCCCAGAGCAGCACAGAGUCUGCCCAAGAUGCAUAUAUGGAUGGACAUGGACAGAGGGGAGAUAUCAUCAGUCAGUCUGGACUUAGCAACUCCACAGAGAGCUUGGACAGUAUGAAGGCGCUAACAGCUGCUAUUGAAGCUGCCAAUGCGCAGAUCCAUGGCCCUGCAAGUCAACAUGUAGGGAACAAUACUGCCACCGUCACCACCACCACAACCAUUGCCACCGUUGCAGUAGAAGAUAGAAAGAAGGACCACUUCAAGAAAAACAGAUGCUUAUCUAUUGGAAUACAGGUUGAUGGUGCUGAAGAAUCUGCCAAAUCAGGUGAAAAUAAAGCAACCAGUAAGUUCCAGUCCAUAGGAGUUCAAGUAGAGGAAGAGAAGUGCUUUCGCAGGUUUACACGAUCUAAUAGUGUAACAACAGCUGUGCAAGCAGACCUGGAUUUCCAUGAGAACUUUGAAAUAAUCGACCCUCAAGAGGACAAUACGUGUUCUGGACAAAUAGCAAGGCAAUUUUCCCGAGAUGCAAGCACCUCUACCGUUAGCAUACAAGGGUCAGGAAACCAUUACCAUGCAUGUGCAGUGGAUGAUGACUUUGAUACAGAUUUUGAUCCAUCAAUUUUACCUCCUCCUGACCCCUGGAUUGACUCUAUCACCGAAGAUCCUCUGGAAGCUGUUCAAAGGUCAGUGUGCCCACGAGAUGGCCACUGGUUUCUGAAGCUACUUCAAGCAGAGAGAGAUCGUAUGGAGGGCUGGUGCCAACAGAUGGAGAGAGAAGAACGGGAAAACAACUUACCUGAGGACA